AUGUUCAAAGAUGAAUAUGAUUUCGUUGUUGGUAUAGACUUCGGAACCACUUACUCAGGCUGCUGCUACUGCGUAGUGAACGAUGACGAACCGAAUGUACAAAUAAUUAAGAAUUGGCCAAGACAAUCAGCCUUAAUUACCACCUUGCCAACAAUUGUUACAUAUUCAAAGAAUGACCACAAGCCAAUUGGCAUAGGGAACGUACCAGAAACGCCAUUAUCAUACCCGGUUAAAGAGCUGCCUCAUUUACUAUGCUUCAAUUACAGUUUAUCAAUCUCGCAUAUCGAUACAGUGGCCGAUUUUCUUCGAAUUCUUUGUGACCAUAUUGUUAAGAGAAUAAAAUUAGAUUCUCACAACCCGAAUCUAAAGCCUCGUAUCCGAUAUUGUUUUACGUUACAACAUCCUAGUAAACCAAAUUACAAAAAGAAUUUAUUUGCUGCAAUAGGAAAAGCCGGUAUUUACACAGAGAAUGACAGAGAUGACAAAAUCGUAUUUUUAGACAGUUAUACAGCUAUGGCCAAAUACUUUUUGAAAACCAGAAAAGGGCUAAAUUUGAAAGAUAAAUUUAUCGUGUGUGAUACGGACGACUAUUAUUUAAGAAUUAAGACAAUGUUGGUCAUCAGCAAUGGACGCGAUAAAGAUGUGAUGGAAUAUGAACCUGAAAAAAACAUUACCAAUUAUGAACUGGGGGGUAAUAAUCUCGAUAAGUGCUUUUCGGAAUACAUCACCAAAAUUAUAAAAGAGCACCCUGAUCAUGAAGAGGUGGCUGCCGAAGAUUUAGAUAAUGUCAUAGAAAUCAUUGUUCAAAAUUUUAUCAAGAAUAUUAAGUAUAAGGAUUUCGGAAGUAAGAAAGAAAUUUAUAUCGCAAAACCAUCCAUACAAUCAUUUGCCAAGUCGAAAAACCCCUAUUUAACAAUAAUCACCGACGACUUGAAAGCAAACGUUUACGACAAAGUAAUCAAUGAAAUUUGUUCAAAUGUGUCAAGUGUGUGCGAAAAGCAGAAACCGAAAGCAUUCUUUCUAUUCGGAAAACUAUCUAAUUCAGAAUAUCUGUAUGAAAAACUAAGCGAUAUCGUCGAUGAUAUAAUUGUUAUUCCAGAAAAAGAUCUAUCUGCUGCACAAGGACUAGUCUAUCACGGGCGUAGCGAACCUUUAACAAUUCAAAGAAUAACACCUAUCUAUCAUGGGGAUGCCGUGGUGAAAGAUGAAGACCGAUCUUAUUAUGACUUUGAUUAUUCUCAUUACACACAUGUUAUUGGCAUCGAUUUUGGAACAAGUUUUUCUAAAUGGUAUUAUGAAGCAACUCUUCCUGGAGAUCCAGUUAUUUUCGAUAAAACGAUUAUGCAGAUUCCUACCUUAUCUCUUUAUGACCAGAGACUUCAUGAACAGAAACUAUGGGGAACAGAAGCUUACAGAAAUUAUUACAGUUCUGAAAAUUCAGGAAAGCUACUGACUAGGUUUAAACUGUUUUUAAAUGAAUUGAAUUAUGAAGGAUUUGACGAGCUCACUGCAAUCAAUGCUAUUGCUAGCUAUCUCAAAGCUUUACAUGAAAACAUUUUGCAGACAAUGGCCAAAAAAUACGGAAAGGAAGAUACAAUUUUCCGUUAUUGUCUUACAGUUCCAACUAUUUGGAGUGAUAAAACAAAGAAGAGUAUGCGCGAUGCUGCAGUUCUAGCAGGAAUUAUAAAAUCUCAUGAUCACCCAUGUAGAUUAAUGUUGGUGAACGAACCAGAGGCUGCAGCAAUGUUUUAUACUAAGGAUCCUUAUUUCGUCAAACAAUUUCCAAAAAAAUCAAACAUCCGUGCUUUAGUAUGCGAUGCGGGUGGAGGCACUGUUGAUAUGGCCACUUAUGAAAUGAUUAAAGACAACACUGGGAAUGACUAUUCGAUUAAUGAAAAAACACCAGGCUCGGGAGGAAUUUGUGGUGCCUCAUUUUUGGAUGAUCAUUUUCGUGUGUUGAUUAAGAAAAAAUGUUAUGAUUUGGAUAUUCGAGUUUCGGACCAUGGUAUGGAACAGAUGGUCAAUCAAUUUGCUACCAAGAUUAAAGAUCGUUUCCUAGCAAAUGAUACUAAAGACAUUGAAAUUAUCAUUCCUCCAGGAGAUAAAAAAGAUGGUUAUCCAAAGCUUGAAGUAACACCAAACGAGCUAUCAGCCCAAGUAUUUGAACCAGUUACGGAAAAAGUGCUUGAGCUGAUAAGAAACCAGCAUAAACUAUCCAAUCCAGCUCCAAUCAACCCAGACAACCCCGAAGCACUUGAUGUUAUUAUUCUGACAGGUGGAUUGGGUCAGUCGAAAUAUCUGCAAAAAAAGGUACAAGAUAACUACAAGGACAUUAUAGUAUACUCGCCUGAAUUCUAUGAUCAAUCCGUUGUACGAGGCGCAGUUGCUAUUGCUCUAAACCCCAACAUGAUCACGCACAGGAUCACGCGUAGAUCAUAUGGUAUCGAAGUGUUGUUACCAUUCAAUUCAGUAACUGAUCCAGCAAUGAACAAAAUUAAGACAAAGAACGGUGCUGAGUAUACCAAAUUCAAAUAUGACAACUUUGUUAUAAAGUCUACCUCAAUUAAGACAUACGAAUACUAUGAAAAGCAAUUGUUUGUGGAGUAUCCUAAUAAUACAUACGCAGCAAUAUAUGCUUCGGACUAUGAUGAUGAACACAAAAUAUACAAUGUGCGAGAUAGUAGAGCUGAACAAGUUUUUAAGUUUAAUAUCGAAAUGCCAAACGACACAAACAAAAAAGAAGGUGAUUUGGUUCCGCUUAUUAUACGGAUGUUUUUAGGUCAAACAGAAAUUAAAGUUGAUACCAUAUUUGAAGGUCAAACUAAGAGACAGUCCUUUUAUUUCAAUGCUUUAGAUGAGAACCACCGUACAAGAAUCGAAAGCCGCCAUGCAAAAAGAUAUGUGUCAACACCAACGGCCACGCCGAUAUCAGUACCAGCACCGGCACCAAAAACACCAGAAACUCCUCGAAAAUUAAAGCCAGAGCGAACAGGGACCAUUUUAGGAUAUUUUGGCAAAGCCUUUAAACGCAAAUCUUAA